AUAUUCCAAGAAUUGAACAGUGACAAACUCAUACUGCUUUAUGUAGUAGUUGAGCAGAACUUAACCUCAGUAUUGUUGGUAUAAAUUGUAUCCAAACUCCAAAUUUAGAGGGCAUGGUCAAGUGAUAUGGAGGACAAGUACCGCACCUAUUUGCGUGAAGACGAAGAGAAGAACACCAAUUGGAGAUUUGGUGCCCCUCCUAAUUAUGAUGCUGUCAACAAGCUAUUUGAAGAUGGCAGAACCAAGGAAUGGCCUCUGGAUUCACUUGAACAUAAGGUCCAGACUCUUGUGAAGAAUUGGGAGAUGGAAAUGUUCCACAAGCUGGAUUUCCAUCAGAACAGAUCAGUGGAUCCUAACAAAUAUACCUUCAGCCUAAACGGAAGGAAGCCUAUAACUUUGGAAGAGAAAAGGAAACUUGGUGGAGGGUAUAUCCCUCUACUGCAAACAUCCCUGCCAGAGAAACUCAUGCCUUACAAUCCAUAUAAAGAAACAGCAGAUUCAUCCCAAAAGGAUUUUACGACGACGUUCCCACGUGGGUUUGCUUUGGAGAUUCUCCAAGUGUAUUCUGGACCACCCGUCAUUGUUUACAAGUUCAGGCAUUGGGGUUACAUGGAAGGUCCUUUCAAAGGUCACGCCCCAACUGGUGAAAAAAUUGAAGUGUAUGGGAUGGCCAUUUUCACGUUGGAUGAGGCUUCGAAAAUUGUGAAGGUAGAGUUCUUCUAUGAUCCAGCAGAACUGUUUGGAGGUCUAUUGAAAGGUCCUAAUUUUGAUUGCACUGAUGAAGAUGUUGUUUCAGGCUGCCCUAUACUUAGGAACACCGGGUAGAGCAGCACAAGUUCAAAGUUUAAACUUGCAACGUCAUAAGUAAUAAUCCAAGCAAAUUAAGGUUGUGAUACCUUCUUGUGUGUAAUAAGUUUAGUCAAUUAUCAGAAAUUUUCAGUCAAGCUUGUCGCAAAUACUUUCAAAAGUAUCGUAUGUAUUCAGUCAUCAUGAAUUUAACUCAGUUUCGCAUUUAUAUAUCAACCAAUUUCAGAUAAAUAGAUGACGCUUCCCUAAGGAUUUGAU